GUAAUUAUCUAAUAAAUCAAUAGUUGAAGCAAUCCAUCAAAAGCCAGUGAGCCAGUUGCAAACGAACUGAUGAACAUUUCGGAUAUUUCCGAAAGACUCGUACCCGUUUGUCGUACCUAGUACGACUAAAAUAUAUCGUGAAGCGUGCUCGUCGAAACGACGUAAAAUAUUCAAUGGAAAAAGACAAAGACCUGGGGGACUAUAGUAGCGGAGGUAAUGGUAAUAGUUUGGAGCAAACGGACAAAUCGAACGAGGUCGUCGAAGACAAUUAUGGCUGUGAACAUUAUAAAAGGAAGUCGAAAUUUGUGACACCAUGUUGUAACAAAGUUUAUACCUGUAGAUUUUGUCAUGAUGAACAAGAGGCUCAUACUGUAAAAAGAAAAGAAGUAACUGAAUUAAUAUGUGUUCUGUGCGACACUCGCCAGCCAGUCCAGGCAACCUGCCAGAAAUGUCAUGUCCGUUUUGGUAAAUACACUUGUCUGGAGUGUAACCUAUUUGAUGAUGAAGAUAAGAACCAAUAUCACUGCGAUGGAUGUGGAAUAUGUAGACUUGGUGGACGAGAUAGAUUUUUUCAUUGUGCUAAAUGUAACAUGUGCCUACCUGUUGAGCUACAAAAUGGCCAUAAGUGUGUAGAAAAUGUUUCGCAUGCCAAUUGUCCAGUAUGCUUAGAAGAUAUUCAUACCAGUCGUAUUCCUUGUCACAUUCCUAACUGUGGACAUUUACUUCAUCGCACUUGCUUUGAAGAUCUAUUGCAUUCGGGUCAUUAUGCUUGUCCAACUUGUCAAGUUUCUCUUCUAGAUAUGACUGAUCUUUGGCGAUUUUUAGAUAGUGAAGUAUCAUUAACGCCAAUGCCACCUGAAUAUAAGGAUUAUAAAGCUGACAUACUUUGCAAAGAUUGUCACGAGGAAUCUACUGUAAAAUUUCAUGUGGUUGGAUUGAAAUGUCUGAGCUGUGGUAGUUACAAUACAUGUCGAAUUAAAGGAUCCCCUUGCCCAGAUCCAGAAUCUCUGGAUGUUGCUGCUAGCGGUAGUAGGACAAGUAAUGAAGACCCAUCUCAAGGAUCACAAGCUCAGUAGCAAAAAAUUAGAAAGCAUUGAACGACUGUAACAGUUCAUUAUUUCUGCAUCAUUCUUAGACAAUUUUUUUCACGCAAGUAAAUCGGUACUUUUGCAUAUAAAUAUUUGUCUCGUCCGAUACAGCAUUGAUUCUCAUAUAUGGAUAAAUACCAAUGUCUAUUCUUAAGGUAUAGAAAUAGUGUUCAUGAACUUCAUGGGUAAAGAAUUCAAAUAUGAGAUUUUGUAUUAAAUUUUUUAUAUAAUGAAAUAAAAUUGCAAUACAAUAAAUUAGAUGAAUAUA